CCCCAGAAACAUUGGGGAAGACGAAUGUCUCUGAACGACUUUGUUCUCUAUUAAUAGAUAGGGAGGCAUUUUGUGCUUGUUUAUGCUACACCGUGUGUGUGCUGGAUGAGCGACAGCUGUGUGUUAAAGCAGAUGAGUGUAGAGUAAAAGGGGUGGGGGAUUUUCGGGGAGAAAGCGUCGUUUGGGUCAAGAUGUCGAUUCAGUACGGAGAAACACUGGCAGAUAGCUAUGGGGUGGCUGAUUCGUUCCCCAAAGAUUUCGGUUAUGGAGAAGAGGAGACAGACAUGGAGGACAGUCCAGCACCCUCCGACAGCAAGCCGAGAAUACUACUAAUGGGCUUGCGAAGGAGCGGGAAGUCCUCCAUUCAGAAGGUCGUGUUUCAUAAGAUGUCCCCUAAUGAGACCCUGUUUCUGGAGAGCACAAAUAAAAUCUACAAGGAUGACCUCUCCAGCAGCUCCUUUGUCAACUUUCAGAUCUGGGACUUUCCUGGUCAAGUAGACUUUUUUGACCCGACCUUUGAUUAUGAAAUGAUCUUCAGAGGAACCGGCGCCUUGAUAUUUGUCAUUGAUGCACAGGAUGACUACGUGGAGGCUCUUGGCAGACUCCACUUAACGGUAUCUCGGGCCUAUCGCGUCAACCCUGAAAUCAACUUUGAAGUGUUCAUCCAUAAAGUUGACGGCCUGUCUGACGACCACAAAAUUGAGACGCAGAGGGAUAUUCACCAGAGGGCUAAUGAUGACCUGGCUGAUGCCAGCUUGGAGAAACUGCAUCUUAGCUUCUAUUUGACAAGUAUCUAUGACCACUCUAUAUUUGAGGCGUUCAGUAAAGUGGUUCAGAAGCUCAUUCCCCAGCUGCCAACCCUGGAGAACCUUCUCAACAUUUUUAUUUCUAAUUCAGGGAUUGAAAAGGCUUUCCUGUUCGAUGUGGUUAGUAAGAUCUACAUCGCCACAGACAGUUCACCGGUAGACAUGCAGUCCUAUGAGCUGUGCUGUGACAUGAUUGACGUGGUCAUUGACGUGUCGUGCAUCUAUGGAUUAAAGGAAGAUGGCAGUGGCAGUGCCUAUGACAAGGAGUCAAUGGCGAUCAUUAAACUCAAUAACACCACUGUCCUCUACCUGAAAGAAGUCACCAAGUUUCUUGCCCUUGUCUGUAUUCUUAGAGAAGAGAGCUUCGAGCGCAAAGGCUUAAUAGACUACAAUUUCCACUGUUUCCGGAAAGCGAUUCAUGAAGUGUUUGAGGUUGGUCUGUCCACACCGAGGAUGGGAGCUCAGGCUGCUGGAACGCCCUGCUUGAUGAAGACGGUGGCACUGAAUGGCACCCCCCGGAGCACCGUGUAGAGAAUGCAAAGAUGAGAGGAGGAAAAGAAUAGAGAGGAAGAGGGAGUCGGUGGAAAAAGAGACCGAAAGACAAUAAAUGGGAGGCACACUGCCAUGCCAACCAUUCUGCCUGCUCCCAAAUGCCUUAUACACAGAGCAAAGGACUCUAAAGCCUCUGAAAGAGAACACAGAGCAAUGGGGUGGACGUUUGCAGCAUAACGGGGUAAGCAAUAGGACAGAAGGGAAGAUGCACAAGAAGUUAGCCCUUUUUGUGUUAUUAAAUGGCAUUAACACACUGGUUGAAAAGAAUAAUACUAGACCGCAAUCAAAUGACAAGAAAUGCAAACCGAGGGGAACGCAGUGUGGCCCUCUCUGCACAAAGCCUUCACACACUGACCGCUACCUGAGCAACAGCAGCUGAAUGAACCCUGUACUGUUAUACUCCUGGCCUCAUGAGCUGAUUCUACAAAGCAUCUGGUUUAAUCCAAUGGCAGAAAAUGUGAUGGUACUUGCUAUUGGGCACCGAUGGUAGAGCUGGCUAUGUGUACACAACAAUGCUUGUGAAGCCUUAUAUAGAGGAGACUUGCAUGAUGCAAGUACCUGCUUACAACAUUUACCUAAUCCAAUUUCCUAAGCUGUUGCGUUUUUAAAGGUUUUCCAGGGAGUGUGAAAAGGGAUUAAAGUGCAUUGUGUAGCCUGUUUGUGUGAAGGAGGUGUGUGCGCGUGUGUAUUUAUGUAUGUGCGUUCCUUUCCUUCCUGUUGAGGCUCACAGUGGUGAUGUGACCUCACACACAGGGCUGCACAGUUGUAACAAAAUAAUUGUAUUUUUAAAAAAUUAAUAACUAAUUGAAAUAAAGUUAUUCUUGUCUCCAGAGAAACCCUGAUGCUUUGUCAGACAACAAUGAUGGAAUGUUCACAGAGCACUCAUUAAAAGUGUCGUGCUGUCAUAGAUAUAAGGAUUUAGUAGUCGGCUGCGUUAUAAUUAAAGUGGAAUCACAGUCUUUUGUGUCGAAAUGACUCCAAAGCUGAGUCAUGAAAUGACUCCUUUGAGUCCAAAGCUGUUAUUUUUGCUAUUAAGCGGUUUAGCUGUGCAGCCCUCAUCUCUCACUCCGAAUGUUACAAAACAGGGAAAUAAUUGUACAGUUAAGCGGUAGGACACUGUGAUUGCACUCACUUUUGUUUAGCUGCUUGGUCUCGGAGACUCUGUACAUCUCCGCUCACGGUGGUUCGAGUCAGAAUGAACGUUUGAAUGAACUACAUUCCGGGUUGUGUGGUGCCAGUAUCUUCUAUCACUGACGUAUUCACUUUCACUCUUUUCACAGAAUUACGAGUAUUUUAUUUGGGGUAAAAAUUGAUCAUAAGAUUCCACGUUGUAGCCGAUAAUCCGUCACACUCAUUCCAAGCGUGUCUGCUGAAUCCAUGUAAAAAAAAUUUUUUUUUGAGGUGUUAGGGGAUGUGCACUAACCCAAUAUAAAUGAAAUCAAAGAAGGAACAACCAAAUCUCUCAUUCUAACCUUACCAGAGUAUUUCUCCAGACCUCUUGUGAUUCUUGCUUUUCAGAUUGCAUAUGAGAUUAUAUCUGGCCUAUGUUCUGCUACAAAUGUUACCAUUCACAAGAAAUAAAACAUGCACUGAAGUCAUGCUGCUUGGUGUACUGUAGCUACCUUGCACAUCAGAUAUAUUGGUCAGUGUCAGUUUUGAACACAAUACAAACCAAUAUAAACACAGAUCCUCACUUUGCAAACCCAUUGCCUCUUCAUGAAAUGUAUGAUCCCAUCUAGAGUGCUGUUCACUCAGAUUUCUGGCAAUAAUACUUUUCCUUAGGCUGUUGUACCUUACUUUUACUUUAUGGAGGUUGUGGUUUGGAUGUUAUGAAUGAGCAGUGUAGAAGACCUGGGGAAAUUCAUACAGGGUGACUCAAAAGUCUCCAUAUUUAGGGGAAAUUAACACUUUUUAGCAAAUUCUUUCUCGAAUAUAUAUAUAUAUAUAUAUAUAUAUAUAAAAUAUAGUUGUGCCCAAAAGUUUGCAUACCCCUUGCUUAAUGUUAAUCUUAAUAUUGUUAACAAAAUAAGAUGGAUCAUAAAAUCCCUUGUUUUUUAUUUGGUACUGUCCUGAAUAAGCUAUUUCACAUUGCAUAUAGUCCGCAAGCCACAAUAAUAACUGAAUUUAUUUUUAAAAAAUUACCCCGUUCAAAAGUUGACAUGCCCUUGAUUCUUAAUACUGUGUCUUUUUACCUGGCUGAUCCACGCCUGUUUUUGUUUUUGUGAUAGUUGUUCAUGAGUCACUUGUUUGUCCUGAGCAGUUAAACUGCUCACAGUUCUUCAGAAAAAUUCUCCAGGUCCUGCACAUUCUCUGCUUUUCCAGCAUCUUCUGCAUAUUUGACCUCUUUCCAACAGUGACUAUAUGAUGUUGAGAUCCAUCUUUUUCACAGUGAGGACAACUGAGGGACUCGUACACAACUAUUACAUAAGGUGCAAACAUUCACUGUUGUUCAAGAAGGCAACAUAAUGCAUUAAGAGCCAGGGGUGUGUAAACUUUUGAACAGAAUGAUCGUGUAAAUUGUUAGUAUGUUGUCUUCUGGGAGACAUAUAACUAUCUUAUUUAGUGUCUGAAGGGCAGUACUAAAUGGGGGGGGGUCUUUAAACAAAAUAACAAUUUACACUGAUCAUCCUGCUCAAAACACAUGACUGUUACCAAACUUCUUAACGAAUUCAAAAAGACUGGAUGUGGACAUCCAUGAAUAUCCACUGAUGAAGGCACAAUCGACGUGGUGCUGGCAAACAUAGUCCCCUACGUAUGGAGACGUUUGGGACACCCUGUCUAUUAGUUAGUUGAAUGACUGACUGUGGGGUCCAUGAAGCAAAACCAGGUGAUCAGUGGUUGAUUUUUUAUUUAUUUAUUUAGUUACAGCAGUAGAAGUCAUAGCCCACUAUUAUCAAAGCUCCUAGAUAUUAUUGAGUUCUUAUCAUUAUUAGCCUGUUUGAUUAGUCACUUGAUCUCAAAAACAAGCAGGCUAUAAAUAAUAUCACCUUGUACUUACUUGUGUUUUGACAUGUUGAAAAGAUUUCUCAUCAUAAAACUCUGAUAAUGAAUUCAAAAAUAGACAAAUUAUUGUACAAUUUUAAAUAAUGUUUCAAUAAAUAUGUAUAUGAGAAA